ACACGCGCUAGCAAUGCGGCUAGGCAUUGACAGUUGAUCCUAGAAGCAGUGUCAAACAAUAAACAAAAACGGGAAAUAAAUUAAAUCGCCGGCUUUUUUAUGUGUUUGGAACAAGGCCAAUUUAGCUAAGAAAGAAUUCCAAUUUCCAACCCGCCUGCUGCUUCUUCGACCCAGCUCUCCCUCUCGCUCUCUCUCUUUCACGAACGACAAUACAAAAGUACAAGUAAAAACCAAAAGCCAAAACCAAAUACAAAAAGAAAGAAAAAAAUCCAAGAACAAACAUCCUCUAACGAAUCAAAAACCCAUUUGUGAGAGCUUAAUCUUUUCUUUUUCAUAUAUAUAAACAGUCCCAAUACUCAUCUCUUUUCUCUGUUUCUUGUUUCAUGCUCUGUCUGCCCUAGAUCUCAAUGUCUUCUUGAUUUUUGCAUCUUUGAAAUCCUAAGAUUUUAAGAUCUCUUUCAUUUUCUUCAAUCAGCUCCAUUCCUCAGAAAUUGUUGGAAGAAGCUGCGUUUGGUUUUAGCAGUUAGGCAAAUCCACAAUUUUGCAUUUCUUUCCUCACUUCAUGCUAUAUCUGUUUUGAGCCGUUGGAUUGCCCAGCAAAAGAAAAGAAAAAAGAAACUCCAUUGCUGAAGUUUUAAGGUUAAGGAUUUGAUCGGGUUUGUUGCACUUGAUCACAGUACAUUGAUCAAUUGAAGAAUCUUUGGUUGGUUGCUGAAUACUAACUCAUUUCUUUUAGAGAAAAUUGGAGACAAAAGAGAAUCAAAAUGAACAUAGAGCUCUGGUGUUUGUACUAGAUGAAGGGAGCUCAGGGGUGGCAACUAGGCAGCAUGGCUGAUAUGCAGAUCUUGCCUGGGUCUCGCCACCGCCCUUCUUUGAAGAGGCCCAUAUGGAUUAUUUUCUUGGUUUCUUUAGUCAGCCUUUUUCUAGUUUGUGCUUAUAUCUAUCCGCCACAUGGCAAUGCUGCUUGCUACGUAUUUUCUUCUGGAGGUUGCAAGGCGCUUACUAAUUGGCUUCCUCCCGCUCCUGCAAGGGAAUUAACUGACGAGGAGAUUAUAUCAUGGGUUGUGUUUAGGGAUAUUUUGAAUACACCUCCUGUCCAAUCUAAAAAUUCUAAAAUUGCAUUCAUGUUCUUAACUCCAAGUUCACUGCCUUUUGAGAAGCUUUGGGAUAUGUUUUUCCGUUGGUGCAGAUAUGAACUAUCUUAUGACUGGACCUAUGGGGAAAUUGAUAAGGGACAUUUUCAUAAUACUUGUCAGGGGCAUGAGGGAAAAUUUUCUGUUUAUGUCCAUGCAUCAAAAGAAAAACCAGUGCAUGUGAGCCGUUACUUUCUUAACCGAGAAAUUCGCAGUGGUGAGGUUUUGUGGGGAAAAAUUUCUAUGGUUGAUGCAGAGAGACGAUUAUUGGCACAUGCCCUAAAAGAUCCUGAAAAUCAACAUUUUGUGUUACUUUCUGAGAGUUGUGUUCCAUUGCAUAAUUUUGACUAUGUCUACAACUAUCUGAUGCAUGCUAAUGUGAGUUUUGUUGACUGCUUUGUGGAUCCUGGACCGCAUGGAAAUGGCAGGUAUUCAGAGCGAAUGUUACCUGAAGUAGAAAAGAAAAACUUCAGAAAGGGUGCGCAGUGGUUCUCAAUGAGGCGGCAGCAUGCUCUGAUAGUUAUGGCUGACAGUCUUUACUACUCAAGGUUUCGGGAUUACUGCAAGCCAGGUUUGGAUGGCAAAAAUUGCAUUGCUGAUGAGCAUUACUUGCCAACCUUUUUCCAUAUGAUUGAUCCUGGUGGUAUUGCAAACUGGUCAGUAACACAUGUUGACUGGUCUGAGAGAAAGUGGCACCCUAAAUCAUAUAGGGCUCAGGAUGUUACAGAUGAGCUUCUGAAGAAUAUUACGUCAAUUGACUUGAGUGUCCAUGUAACAAGUAAUGAAAAGAGUGAAGAGCGGGUACAAGCUUGCUUAUGGAAUGGAAUCAAACGACCGUGUUACCUAUUUGCAAGGAAAUUCUAUCCAGAAACCCUAGAUAAAUUGAUGAUGCUCCUCAAUUUUUGACUGAAUUCUUUGGUUGGAUUGAUGGUUUUUUCUUGAUCCCUUCACUCCAUCUCGGGUUCCCGUAUAGAUUAUACAUUUGUAAAUGGCCAUGUUUCCCAACCACAAUUCUUGAGUGCAAGGCCAACUGGAAGAGCAGUUUGGAUGACUUGAAUGAGGCUGCUGGAGGCUAACGAGUUGUUAGUGUGGCGUCCUUCCAGAUGGGUAAUUUCUUGUCCAUUUUUUCCCCCCAUUUGUGCCAUCAUACAUUAUUAUAUAUGUGGAAGAAUUCUUGGGGGAUUCAUUUUUUUUUCCUUUUAAAGUUGAAAAACAAGACUGAUGCACUCUUUUCUGGAAAUAUGAGCUUAAUUUUUAAAUCCAUAUAAAAAUAAUUGAGAUCCUACUGUUCUAGUACGAGUAUAAUGCAGUUUGGUUUUA